AUGGUGGAAUCAAUAACGAACGAUCAUGAUCGCAGCAACGACCGUGAAUCAACCUGCAAAGAUGACAAUGCGAGUAGAUCAACCACUGCAACCUCUCGGACCACAAACGGAAUCAACGGUUUUCAUUCCGAUGAAGAAGAACAUCAAACCAAUAAUAAUAAUAAUAACAACAACAUUAUCCAUCAAAAGAUUACAGAUGAAGAACAACUGAAAACCUCUUCAUCAUCAUCAUCAACCUCCAUGGAUUCAACACAUUCCUCAGAAAUUUCAAAGAAGAGAGUGAAAAAGCCACAAAAGUUUGAUGAAUAUUAUGUACCUGAGAGUAUUCUCCGAAAAAAGGGAAUUGAAUUGAAAUUUGUGUGUGAUGCAACAUUAGGAAGAGUUGCAAAGCACAUUAGAAUGAUGGGAGGAGAUGCUUAUUAUGAUGCUAACAUGAAUACUAACUACAUGUUGUACAUUGCUCGAACAGAGAAUAGAAUAAUAUUAACCAAAAAUAGAACCUUGAUUAAUCAACUAGGUUAUCAAAGGAAAGAAAAUGAAUUGAAAAAGAAAAAGUACCAAGAAAGGAAAUUAUUGAAUCAACAACAAGAGGAGAAAUCAGAUGCUUUGAAAGGAGACGUUUCUCGUGAUCAUGAAAGAGAAAUGCAAGAAUUGGAGCAAAUUUACAGAGAACAAGGUCUCGAAUUUAACAGAGAAGAUUUUGAGGAAUUUGAAGAAAUUGACGAAGAAGAUCAAGACGAAAAUAAUGCAGAUGAUGAUUCAUAUCCAACCGAUGGAUAUGUCUAUUAUUUCGUGAAAGGCCGUAACUUUCGUGACAUGAUUAAUGAGGUUGUCAACUUUUUCAAAAUUGAAUUUGAAGAGGACCGAAUAUUUACAAUAUGCAUUCAAUGUAACCAUUCUAUUUAUCAAGUUGAAAAAGAGUCUAUUAAGAACCUUGUCUAUCCUAGUGUUUAUAAUCUUUAUUCUAGCUUUUAUAGAUGCUCAGGAUGUUCGAAAAUUUAUUGGGGAAAAGACCACAGCAAUGAACACAUUAAUUUCAAGACUGCUAAAUCAUUUGCAAAAAUCUAUUCUUACAGCGAACAUGACAAUGAACAUCAUGAACAUUCGAAAAUGGAGACAGUGAAAUAA